AUGCUUACAGCUGCAACUAACAGUGACCUGUCAGAAGUAGUGUGGGCUUCAGACAAAGGGAUACAAGGGCUUCAGGAUCUACUUCACAUUAUUUUCUCAGCUUUUCCCUUCUCAUUGGUUGUAUUUGUUGUACUACAACAUGACUUUGAAAAAUCAGGAGAAAGCAAAAAUGUCUCAUCAGAACAAGAACCCACUACUAGUAAAGAUGACCAAGAUAGCACUCCUGUGAAACCCUGUUACCUCAAUAUCUUGGAAAACGAGCAACCUUUAAAUAGCGCUGUCCAGAAGGACUCUCUCACUACCAUUGAUUCAUCUAAACAGCCUAACCCUUUGCCUUUACCUUUAACUGAAAUUGAAACCUUGGUGCCUACAGUCAAAGAAGUUAAAUCUGCUCAGGAAACUCCUGAGAGCUCUCUGGCUGGAAGUCCUGAUACUGAAUCUCCGGUGUUAGUGAAUGACUAUGAAGCAGAAUCUGGUAACAUAAGUCAAAAAUCUGAUGAAGAAGACUUUGUGAAAGUUGAAGAUUUACCACUUAAACUGACAAUACAUUCAGAGGCAGAUCUAAGAAAGAAAAUGGUAGAAGAAGAACAGAAAAACCAUUUAUCUGGUGAAAUACUAUGUGAAAUGCAGGUUGAAGAAUUAGCUGGGAAUUCUCAGACACUAAAGGAACCCGAAACAGUGGGAGCCCAAAGCGUAUGAGAUGUCUUCAGAGGCUCAUCUAACUC